AUGAUUUUCCGGGCCGAUAAAAUUGAUCUCAAAAGCUUGGAUGUUCAGCUUGAGAAGCACUUGAGCAGGGUUUGGUCAAAAAAUGUAGAGAAUCAGAAUCAGAGCCAUAAGCCUAAGGAAGUGUGGGAAAUUGAUCCUUCGAAGUUGGAAAUUCGAUAUCUUGUUGCUCAGGGAACCUAUGGUACCGUUUAUCGUGGUACUUACGAUAAUCAGGAUGUUGCAGUGAAGUUAUUAGACUGGGGAGAGGAUGGCAUGGCCACAGCUGCCGAAACUGCUGCUCUACGUGCAUCAUUUAAACAAGAGGUUGCAGUUUGGCACGAGCUUGAUCAUCCAAAUGUCACAAGAUUUGUUGGUGCUUCAAUGGGGACUUCACAGCUCAAAAUUCCUUCUAAAAAUCCUUCUGAGGGUUAUACCGACCUUCCGUCGAGGGCAUGUUGUGUUCUUGUUGAAUUUCUUCAAGGAGGGACAUUAAAGAACUUCUUGUACAAGAACAGGAAAAAGAAGCUAGCUUUCAAAAUUGUUACCCAACUUGCUUUAGAUCUAUCUAGAGGACUAAGCUAUCUACAUUCGAAGAAGAUCGUGCAUCGUGACGUCAAAGCUGAAAACAUGUUGUUAGACACUCAUAGAACACUUAAAAUUGCUGAUUUUGGAGUCGCCCGCGUUGAAGCUCAGAAUCCCAAGGACAUGACCGGUGAAACUGGAACUCUGGGGUACAUGGCUCCUGAGGUACUUGAUGGCAAGCCUUAUAACAGAAAAUGUGACGUCUACAGCUUCGGCAUAUGCUUAUGGGAAAUAUAUUGCUGCGAUCUGCCUUACCCAGAUCUUAGCUUUGCUGAGGUUUCUUCUGCAGUUGUUAGACAGAAUUUGAGGCCAGAAAUUCCACGAUGCUGUCCAAGUUCUUUUGCAAAUAUCAUGAAAAAAUGCUGGGAUGCGAACCCGGAGAAACGACCUGACAUGGACGAGGUUGUGAGGUUGUUGGAGGCAAUUGACACAAGCAAAGGAGGUGGAAUGAUACCAGAAGACCAGGCUGGAGGCUGUUUCUGCUUUGCUCCUACUCGGGUAGAAGAUGCUCGAGAUACACAGUUUGAGCAUCCAAUAGUUGACAAUGAAAGGGCUGGUUUCGCUGAACCAUCAACAUUUGAGAGUUCAACCUUCGAUGAAUCAUCCACAGUUGAGAGUGCAACAGGAGUGGAAGAUCCUAGAGAUACACAGCUUGAGCAGUCCACGGUUGAUAAACCAUCCAUAGUUGACAGUGGUACAAGAGUCGAAGAUGCUGAAAUGUUAGGCCUUUUUAUGCACUUGUUGAACCCUCUAUUGUAG